AUGGCCGUCGCGUCCGUGCGUGCAUGCACCUCGUCGUCCGCUGAGUACCCGUCGUUCGUGGAAGCGCUGCGCGCCUGGAGGAGCCGCGAAGCGGUUAAGCCGUCCCGCGCGCAAGUUGAAGUGACGCUGAGCUGCGCGACUGCAUGCGCGGCGCCUUGUGAGCCAACUGUUGAAGUUGAAGCAAUUGUGGAGUCCGCUUUUGAGUCGCCUUCGGAGUCGACUUCCCAUGCCAUUCCCAAGGAGAUCUUGACUUGUGAAUCGACCCAGCUGCAAGUGACGCUGAGCUCCGCGCCUGCUGCAGAGGAAGAGGAGACGGAGGAGGAUCUGAAGAGUGACUGCGACCAAACGAGCGCUGGCAGCAACGACAGCAAGGAGACGAUUUCCGUCAGCUUUUCUGUCAGAAGCAACGACACGAGUUGUGAGAAGCACGCAGGCAGCACAGGAGCGCGUGUGAAGUUGGGCGGUGUGGAGGGGAAGGCAUGGAAUGCACGUGGGGGUGCUCUAGCCCACCAGAAGCCCACAGCAAGCAGCAUGAGGCAGCAGCAGGAGAGAGAGCACGCUGUGAAGUGCAGAGGGAGGAGCAAUGCUGGCAGCACCACCAAGGCAGCAGCAAGACCUCUUUGGAGGUCUUGA